AUGACCAUUCUUACUACACAAAUUUCACUUCUUUUGCUUUUACUUUUAUCUAUAACCACAUUCUACAAAAGCUUGUGCAGCAAUCACACAGUGGUUGGAUGCAAUGAGAAAGAUCGAGAGACACUCUUAACCUUCAAACAAGGAAUCAAUGACACUCUUGGUCGGAUAUUAACAUGGUCAACCGAAAUAGAUUGUUGUGCUUGGGAAGGAGUCCACUGUGACAACAUUACUGGAAGAGUUACAAAACUUGAUCUCAAUGGAAAAUCUAAUUUUGACAAUGAGCCAUUUUUAAAAGGUGAGAUGAAUCUUUGUAUUCUAGAACUUGAGUUUCUCAGUUACUUGGAUUUGAGUCUGAAUGAAUUUGAUGUGAUAAGAUUUCCAUCCAUUCAACACAACAUCACACAUUCAUCUAACCUUUUCUACCUUGACUUAUCCCCCUUCCGUUAUCAUGAUCACGGUCCUCUUCACAUGGAUAAUCUUGGUUGGCUUUCUCCACAUUCUUCCUUGAAAUAUCUCGACCUUAGUGGAAUUCAUCUUCAUAAGGAAACCAAUUGGCUUCAAAUAGUGAAUACACUUCCUUCACUAUUAGAAUUACAGUUGAGUCAUUGUAACCUGAACAAUUUCCCAUCUGUUGAGUAUUUGAAUUUGUCUUUACUUGUAACUCUUGAUCUUUCUUUAAACAAUUUCACCUCUCAUUUACCUGAUGGGUUUUUUAAUCUCACCAAAGAUCUCACUUAUCUUGACCUUUCACAGAGUAAUAUAUACGGUGAGAUACCUUCAAGCUUGCUAAACCUUCAAAAUUUGAGAGACCUUUAUCUCUCUUAUAACCAACUACAAGAAUCAGUUCCAAAAGAAAUAGGCCAACUUGCCCAUAUUCAACAACUUGAUCUCUCUGAAAACCAACUACAAGGAUCUAUUCCUUCAACUCUAGGAAACCUCUCUUCCCUAAAUUACUUAUCUAUUGGCUCUAAUAAUUUCUCUGGUGAAAUUUCAAAUUUACAUUUUUCCAAACUCUCUAGUAAAUCAUUUAGACUUGAUUUGUCUUACAACUCCUUCUCAGGAUCAAUUCCACAUAGUUGGAAGAACUUGGAAUAUUUAUUUUACAUUAACUUGUGGAGUAAUAGACUGUCUGGUGAGGUUCUAGUAAACCUCUCCGAUUGGAGACGAUUGCAAUUCAUGAACUUGGGAGAAAAUGAAUUUUCUGGAACCAUACCAUUGAACAUACCACAAUAUUUAGAAGUAUUCAUAUACUGA